CCGCCCACGUGUGACUGCGGUAAGUUGAGCGACUUCAGCCUGAUACUCUCACCAGCCUGCUUCAGCAUCCGCGUCCUGCCGGCGAACAAAGGUUUGCUUUCAUGACCGCAGCAGAAAUCAGUUCACCACAUCAGUACUGCCUGUGUGUAAGGACCAUGGCCAAUGCCACUGAGGAGACCGACGGCAUCCAUUUCCCUUUUCCCUUCACGCCCUACUCCAUCCAGAAAGACUUCAUGGCAGAGCUGUACCGGGUGUUGGAGAACGGCAAGAUUGGCAUAUUUGAGAGUCCUACUGGCACUGGAAAGUCCUUAAGUCUCAUCUGCGGGGCGCUCUCCUGGCUGCGAGACUUUGAGCAAAAGCAGCGUGAGGAGGAGAAGCGUCUCCUUGAAGCAGAUACAACGGCCUUAGGGGAUGGAAAGGACCAGCCCCCACCCCUCUCCUCAUCCUGCCAAGGCCCAGGCCCCCCUCGGCCAGUGGGAGAGCCUGACUGGGUCACUCAGUUUGUGCAGAAGAAAGAAGAGAGGGACUUGGUAGAACGGCUAAAGGAGGAGCAGCUCCGGAGGAAGCGGCGGGAAGAGCGCCUGCAGCAGCUCCGUCACAGUGUCCAACUCAAGCAUGCGGCCAAACGAGCGAGGCAGGAGGAGGAAGAGACAGAGCGGCUCUUGCAGCUCAGCAGCGAGAUGCUGGCCGGGGCUUCUGGGCAGCUGGAGCCACUGGCAUCAGAUGAGGAGGAGCUGGUCCUUGCCGAGUACGAGAGUGAUGAAGACAGAGGAGAGAAAGGAGCCACCAGUGGAGUGGAUGAGGAUGACCUGGAGGAAGAGCACGUGACCAAGAUCUACUACUGCAGCCGCACGCACUCCCAGCUGGCCCAGUUCGUGCAUGAGGUGCAGAAAAGUCCCUUUGGCAAGGACACACGGCUGGUGGUCCUUGGCUCCCGGCAGAACCUCUGUGUGAAUCAGGAUGUGAGGAAGCUGGGUGCUGUGCAGCUCAUGAACGACCGCUGCGUGGAGAUGCAGAGGCGUAGACUUGAGAGGCAACGCAGGGCAGAGGAGAAAGAGGUGGUGAAGCGCAGGCGGCAGGAGCAGGCGACCCCCUGUCCCUUCCACGGCUUUGAGCAGCUGCAGCUGCUGCGUGACCAGCUGCUGGCGGAGGUGACGGACAUUGAGCAGCUGGUGGCGCUGGGACAGCAGGCCCAAGCCUGUCCCUAUUAUGCCAGCCGCCUGGCCAUCCCAGCUGCCCAGCUGGUGGUACUACCUUACCAGAUGCUGCUGCAUGCAGCCACACGGCAGGCGGCAGGCAUCCGGCUGCAGGGCCAGGUGGUGAUCGUGGAUGAGGCGCACAACCUAGUGGACACCAUCGCUGCCAUCCAUGGUGCCGAGGUCAGCGGCGCUCAGCUCUGCCAGGCCCAUUCCCAGCUGCUCCAGUACAUGGACCGAUAUGGGAAGCGCCUGAAAGCCAAGAACCUGAUGUACAUCAAGCAGAUCCUGUAUGUGCUGGAGAAGCUUGUGACGGUGCUGGGAGGGAAUAUUAACCAGAACCCCAACACACAGACAUUCUCGCAGACAGGGACGGAGCUCAAGUCCAUCAACGACUUUCUCUUCCAGAGCCAAAUUGACAACAUCAACCUGUUCAAGGUGCGACGCUACUGUGAAAAGAGCAUGAUCAGCAGAAAGCUGUUUGGCUUCACAGAAAGGCAGGGUGCUGCCCUCACCCCUGCCUGUGGGCAGCCCGGCCUGGCUGGCUUCCAGAGCUUCCUGCAGAGCCUGCAGCCUGGGGUUGCCGAGGCCCUGACCCCUGUGGAGCAGGAGCAGCAGGUCGGAACCCCACGCCCUGCUUCCCCACUGAUGCUAAUUGAGGGCUUCCUGGCAGCUCUCACCACCGCCAACCAGGAUGGCAGGGUCAUCCUCAGCCGCCAAGGCAGCCUAAGUGAGAGCAGCCUCAGGUUCCUGCUGCUCAACCCCGCCGUGCACUUUGCCCAGGUGGUGAGGGAGUGCCGUGCACUGGUCAUCGCAGGGGGCACCAUGCAGCCGGUGUCGGACUUUCGGGAGCAGCUGCUGACAUGCGCUGGGGUGGAGGCUGAGCGUGUGGUGGAGUUCUCCUGUGGUCAUGUGAUCCCGCCAGACAACAUCCUGCCCCUGGUCCUCUGCAGUGGGCCAUCUGGCCAGCAGUUGGAGUUCACCUUCCAGAGGAGAGAGCUGCCCGAGCUGAUGCAUGAGGCGGGCCGCACACUCCUCAAUCUGUGCCAGGUGGUCCCUGGAGGGGUGGUCUGCUUCUUCCCCUCCUAUGAGUACCAGAGCCGGGUCCUCACCCACUGGAAACAGCGUGGUGUGCUGGGUAGCCUGGCCUCCAGGAAGAAGAUAUUUCAGGAGCCCAAGAGAGCAAGCCAGGUGGAGCAGGUGCUGAUGGAGUAUGCCAAGUGCAUCCAGGGCUGUGGGCAGAUGGGCAGCAAGGUGACUGGGGCCCUACUGCUGGCUGUGGUUGGAGGGAAGAUGAGUGAGGGUAUCAACUUCUCUGAUGACCUGGGCCGCUGUGUGGUCAUGGUAGGCAUGCCCUUCCCCAACAUCAAGUCCCCCGAGCUGCAGGAGAAGAUGGCCUACCUGGACAGGACCCUCCCCAGAGCCCCUGGCAGGCUGCCCCCAGGGAAGGUACUGGUGGAGAGCCUGUGCAUGAAGGCCGUCAACCAGUCCAUAGGCCGGGCCAUCAGGCACCAGCGGGACUUUGCCAGCAUUGUGCUCCUGGAUCAGAGGUAUAGCCGCCCGGCCGUGCUGGCCAAGCUGCCCACCUGGAUUCGCCAACGUGUGGAUGUCAAAGCCAGCUUUGGCCAGGCCAUCGCCACCCUCCGGAAGUUUCACCGUGAGAAGGCCAGCUCUUCCUCCAGCCUGGUCCUCCCUCCAGGGACACAAAAUGGCUUGUCCUGCAGGGAGGGCCCCUGCCUCAAGAAGUGACACCCAGAGGGCAUCCUGUGGGAGCUGCAGCCCAGCCAUCAGGGAGGAUGGCCCCUGAGAGGCAGUGGGGCUUCUGUCCACUUGGCCAUGUCCUGCCAUGCCAUGCUGUCUGUGUGUACUGGAAAGUGGCAGGCAGCCGGCCUGGUCUGGCCCUGGCAGAAUCUGAGAAUGCACUUUGUCCCAGCCCUGGCAUCCCCAUGGUCUCUUCCCCACAGGGUUCUGUCCCUUGGACUCCCCCUCCCUGAAGCCUGGCCCCUGUCCUUCCUCCUCUCCAGCUUCAGCUUGGAUCAGUCAGGGACUGACUGACUCCCUCUGCCAGCCCAGACUGAUGCGCUUUUCUGAGAUUCCUCCCCGGGUCAGCUCUGACUCCCCACUCCUCCUGACCACCCUCCCCCAUCUCCACCCCAGGGGCACUGGAAGCUCUGAUUAAAGUGCAUCACUGGCUCA